AUGGCCGGCGUCGCCGGCGCACUCAUGGCACCCUCAUUUCCCAUCCUUGCCGCCAUCAUCUUCCUGAUCUCCGCCGUGACCAGCCUGCAUGCUUCUGAUCAGAUCGGCGGCGACGGCGAUGGGAGACAGGUAUACAUCGUGUACAUGGGGCAUCGAUCGGUGGGGGAGUCGCCGUCGUCGGAGGGUAGACUAGGCUUCUCUGCUGCCCACCACGAGCUGCUCAACAGGGUCCUCGACGACAGCUCCGCUCACGAGAGGAUCAUCUACAGUUACCAGAGGAGCCUAAGUGGAUUCGCAGCCAGGCUAACAGAAGACGAGAAACAAAAGCUCUUCGGCACGGAGGGUGUCGUGUCCAUCUUCCGGAGCAGAACGCACCGGCGCCCUCUAACGACAAGAUCAUGGGACUUCCUAGGCUUCCCUAAGACGUCAAAGCAAAGCCUUGAGCUCGAGGGAGACGUCAUCAUCGGCAUGCUCGACACCGGGUUGUGGCCGGACUCCCCGACUUUCUCCGACGAGGGCUUCGGCCCGCCGCCCAGCAGGUGGAAGGGCGCCUGCCAUAACUUCACGUGCAACAACAAGAUCAUCGGUGCUCGCGCGUACCGUCACGGAUCCACGGAGGGGCUGUCACCGGUGGACACCGUCGGCCACGGCACCCACACGGCGUCGACCGUGGCGGGCCGGGUGGUGAGCAACAUAAGCCUCGGCGGCCUGGCUGCAGGCACGGCUCGCGGCGCCGUACCGGGCGCCAGACUCGCCAUCUACAAGGUAUGCUGGGAGGACUCGUGCAGCGACGCGGACAUGCUUGCGGCGUUCGACGACGCGGUGGCCGACGGCGUCGACGUGAUCUCCUUCUCCAUCGGAAGCAAGCUGCCGGUCCGGUACUUCGAGGACGCGGCCGCGAUCGGCUCGUUCCACGCUAUGAGGGGCGGGGUGCUCACUUCGGCCGCGGCCGGGAACUCCGGGCUGGACGGCGGGCGCGUCAGCAACGUCGCGCCGUGGAUACUGUCCGUCGCCGCCAGCAGCACCGACCGCCGGCUCGUCGACAAGCUGGUGCUGGGAAACGGCAAGACGAUCGUGGGGGUCUCCAUUAAUUUCUUCCCCAAGCUGAAGAAAGCUCCACUUAUUCACCCAAUCAACGGUUCUUGUGAACCAGAGUCACUGACCGUGGCAGGACGGUCAUACAAGGGGAAGAUCUUGCUCUGCGCCUCUUGGAACAAUGGCAGCGGCCCGGCCGUCGUCGGCGCUGCCGGCGUAGUCAUGGUCACCUACGAGCCCGACGUGGCGUGGCAGGUGACCCUCCCUGGCGUCAUGGUUACCCAGGAUCAGUUCAAUGGAAUCUUGGCCUACGUAAACAGAACCCGAGCUGAAAUGGAGAAACAUCUUGAUGUUUUCUUCAGUAAUCCUGUGGGCACCAUCCACACCAGCGAGGCAGCCUUCGACUCUGAAGCCCCCAUCGUGGCCGGGUUCUCUUCUCCAGGUCCCAACGCGAUUACUCCUGGGAUCUUGAAGCCUGACCUGUCGGCACCGGGGAUCGACAUCCUGGCGGCGUGGUCACCGCUGUCACUGGUGGCCGGGAGAAGCGUGGCGUACAACAUCGACUCGGGCACGUCCAUGGCGUGCCCCCACGCGACCGGCGCCGCGGCCUACGUCAAGUCCUUCCACCCUGACUGGUCGCCGGCGAUGAUCAUGUCAGCUCUCAUCACCACAGCAACUCCAAUGGACCCGUCACGCAACCGCGGCGGCGCCGAGCUCACAUAUGGCGCGGGGCAACUCAACCCGGCGCAGGCGCGGGACCCGGGCCUCGUGUACGACGCGCGCGAGGGCGACUACGUGCGCAUGCUGUGCGCCCAGGGGUACAACUCCACGCAGCUCCGGCUCGUCACCGGCUCUGACGACGCCACGACCUGCCACGGCGGCCGUAAAGGGUCCGCCGCCGACCUCAACUACCCGACGAUGGCCUUCCACGCCGUGCCGGGGAAGAACUUCACCGCCCGCUUCCCGCGCAGCGUCACCAACGUCGGCGUGCCUGGAUCCGUGUACGUCGCCAAGAUUGCUUCCUUCACCGUGACGGUAUCUGGCGCGCUGCACAACGGGAACGAGUAUUUCUCGGCUGCUGUCGUGUGGUCCGACGGUGAACGCCAGGUGCGGAGCCCGGUGAUUGUCCAUACUGUGGAGGCUUAA